AUGGAGGAAGCCGAGAGGAUAUUUAUGGAAGCCAAAUCAUCUGAAUCAAACUCCGACAAUGACAGGGCGUUAGCUCUGUAUACAGAUUUUAUUAAUCAAGUAGAAUCUACUCCAAACAAACAGCUUCUGAGUGAGAAGUUGGCCUUGGCUUACAAUAACAGAGGAUUUCUCAAAUACAGGCAAGUCGAUUUUGAGGGAGCGAUUGCUGACUACACAAAGAGUGUAAAUGUUAAUCCAAAGUCCUGCAUAACUUUCUACAACCGAGGAACCGUUUUAUAUAGAUUAAGUAAAUUUGAUGAAGCAAUAUCUGACAUGAAGACAGCAUUAAAUUUAGAUCCCAGCUUUGAGCCUGCACAGACUGGUCUGCAUUUUGCUGAACAGGACAGAGAAAACAAGAUCAAAAGAGGAUGGUGAAACAUAGAAAUGUGCCUCGUGUUGGACUUGCUGAGGAUGCAUGCAAGAGGCUCAGUACUGGACAUGUCCUUAUGUUACAGGGGAUAAAAUUACUCUCUUCAAAAUGGACAGAGUUAUUCAAGUUGUGCGAUGUACCAGUAUACAUGUAUCAUAACUAUACUCUGAGUCUCUGAAUGAUAACUUGAUAAAUGAUGCAAUAUGUAUGUUAAUAAACAUAAAACCUGUCUGAAUAAAAGACGGAUUUUGCACUAUCAGGA